CCUUCUCGUCGCGUCCCAAGUGGCAGGGACGGCAGCAGAACCAUGCAUCUCACAAAUAGUUCUCGCCCACAACCUUCUCAAGAUGUUCCAGUGGUUAUUGUACGCCUUGGACUGAAACGAAAAUUUCUGUCCAGAAUGGAGUCAUACGACGAUAUGCGUCGGGUCGUUCGUCAAAAGUUCAAUAUUGAUGAUAAUGCCGACCUCACUUUCGAAGUUAGCGACUUCAAUGUCUGCAAUAAUGAGCGGGUGGAGGUUGAUGAGACCGCCUACCCUGCAAUGGCGCCGUAUAUGGACGAACUACACCUCAACGUAAUCUAUACUGAACCAGAGAGCUCUUCGGGGACAAAAGGUAAAGGAAAAGCGAGAGAACUCUAUCCCACACCUACUCCCAACGUUUCUGAUGAGGACUCCGUUGUACGAGAUCAAGAAGAAAGUCAGCAUGCGCAUGAAAUUUCACAGCCGCCCAGCCGUGUUUCAUCAUGCGAACGGAAUCUUUCACCCCCAAAGACUCAGGUUAAACACACACCUGCUUCAACUACCUAUCCGGAGGACGAUGAAGAAGAUGGGGACGAACAACCGGAUGGACCUCCCUCUCUCCCCUCACCAAACAGAACCACCAGUAUCAAGGGAAAGACACCGUCCGUCGCUCCCAUCACUUCUCCUCCCCUUCCCAUCACUUGUUCUAAAAGCAAGUCUAAGUCUAUUGAACCACCAGUCGCAAACGGCAACCACAAGGUAGACGAGCUGUUCAAUGACUCGGUUAUCGUCGAUGAUGACAUUGUGGUCACCGGACCGCACGCAGAACCUGAACCUCAAGGCUUUGUUUUCGAACCGCAACAUUUUGAUAAAAAGGAAAACUACAAAGAGAGGAAGGAAGAGAAGUGGAAGCAGCAAAUCCAGCGCCACGAAGUCAUUAACGUUGAUUUGGACGAGCGACCGCAAUACGAGGAGGCUGGACCAUCGUCUCGCUUGCCCAUCAUCACUCCCGAACCUCCGGCACAAACCAUCAAGGGUGAGGAAGAGCCCAAACCCAUUUCCAAAUUUAAAAGUGCAGGCACUUCGAGACUGACGAAGCCUGACGAUGAUGAAAUCCAAAAGGGCAGCAUCACCUUGAAACCUCGAUAUAAGAAAUCAGCUAUUAUCUCUCGGCAAAAUCCAGUCAAAGCCUAUGACGAGACCCCACCUGCAGCAACUCAGGGACCUGUUUUACACGAGCCACUCGAAGGCCAGGAAAACGACGAUGAAAACGACCUGAUUCAGCCGGAUGGUCGGUUCAAGAUAUACAUCUGCGGCCCCCACCCAGACCAUAGGGCGGAAUUUAUGACGAAGGCGAGGCAUGUACUAAGGAAAGUCCUGCUAGGAGCUUGCAGGACUUUCAAAUUGGACCCGAAAAGAUCGUGCUUGGAACAACUUGUUGUCGUACCCGAGGAUGAUGGUAAUCGGGAGCUUUAUUUUCAAUGCGAUAUCUCAGAUACGGUUGGGAAGGCUGGGCUUAGGCCGGGCUCGAAGCUGAGGGUCAUGGUAAAUGACGACACGGACGAACCGGAUGAGGACAAUGAUUGA